UUAGUUCUAAAUCUUGGCUUGUGUUCCUUGCUUUGAUAAAUUUUCAUCAUAGUUAAUUUUUUUCUUCUUCUUUGGAACGAUUUUAUCAUGUGGAUAUUGGCUACACUGCAUCCAGGGAGUUCUUAUAUUUCGUAGCCAAUAGCCUUACCUGGUGAUAAUGUUAUUUGGCCAUAACGAGUUUUGCUAUGCAUAAUUUUGUGCUCAAGUUUUGCAGGAUUCAGUUAUUUGUAUUGUUCCUUUGCAUACGGAUGGAAUUAAAGGCCGCGACUCUUUUAUAUAUGGAUUUAAACUAAUGCCUGUGGGGAUUUUUCAUGCACUUGCUUCCAAUCAACUCACAGUUUGACAAGCUUAUAAGACUAAAUUUCAAAAAACCUCGAUCUUUUACAAACUUAUUAUUUUUUAAACCACUCUACCCUGGUCAUUUCAUGAAAUUGCCAUUUUGUGAAAAAUAAAAUUAGAAGAUGGUAAAUUAUAAUAUGUUUCAACAGGUUUCUUUUUUAGAAAUUUCCCGGCUUGAAGGCUUUAAGCAAGAACUUGUUUCAGACUUCUCUCUUUUCUCCCUUUUAAACAGAUGUUUCUCAAGCACUAUUUCAUAACGCUAUGCCACUUCAGCUCUUGGAAUUUUAGUAAAAUUCCAAUUUUGCUAGAAAGUAUCUUCUAAGAUGCCAAAUAUUGUUCUGUACAGAAAAGAUAGUUUCUUGCCAAUUUAUGGAUAUGGAUGCAUCAAGGCUAUGGUAUGACUUGAAAACUUAUAAAUAAUUUGGUGAUUUUCCUGUGGGAAGAGAUUUUGUUACACUUGUAAGAUGUGUUUACAUCCAACGGAAUGACGGACUAAAAUGAAUUGCUGGUAUGUCAAAUGAAUUGCUGAGUAAACUUCAGUACCCAUGAAUUGCAUAAUGGCUUACUUUGCUAAUUGUUAUUUAGCUAAGUCAUGAUCUAUGAGAGAUUAUUACUCGAAUAUUUUUUGAACCAAAAAAUUUCUAUUUUUACUCUUGAAUAGCUAUUACUGGUGGAAGGGUGAUUUUAUACUGUAUACAACUUCUGACUAUGCAACCAUACCGUCAUAUUUACUACUUGUCUUAAAUUUAGUACUAACACAGUUCCACAGUUGUCAUUAUAAUUUUAAUGGUGCGACAACAACAUUUAGUUAAUAAUUCUUAAGCCAAGAUGUCAUAACUCUUUAAGUGUGGUUUCUUACACGUUGACGAACUUUCAAUUCUGUUAUGUUUCCUGUUAUUAUUAUUUUUUUUAUGUAUCAUUAUUACUUUUGUAAUUGAUAUAUAUAUCUCCACACAAGUCUUAACCUGUUUCUGCAUCUGGGCCUUUUAUUUCUCUUAUUAUGUCCGCUUUUAGCAGGUGGGAAGUGAGCAGCUUGGCAGGGCAUUAUUUUAUGGUAUGAUAGGAAAAUUAUCUGACCACAUUUGAGAGGGAUCUAACAAUAUUUCUUAAAUUAGUGUUGACUGUUCAUUUGCCCUUAUCAAGAAGGCUGAGGAAUUUAUUGUGGGCGACAUCCAAGCAUGAUGUAUACCUUAUGCAAAACUACUCGGUGAUGCAUUGGUCCUCAUUACAACAAAGGGGUAAAGAAGUUUUUAAUGUGGCCACACCCAUAGUUCCGACCCUUGAGUGCCCUGGACUUUUAGCUCGGCCCGUCUACAGAGUUCAAAUAAGCACCAUGGUAGUCAAGGAAAAUUUGGUGGUGGCAGGUGGUUUUCAUGGCGAGCUCGUUUGCAAGAAUUUGCGGCAUCCUGGUGUUGCAUUCUGCAGUAAAAUAACUCCUGGUAAUGCCAUAACCAAUGCUGUUGAUGUUUACCGCCAUCCAAGUGGGUCGCUGAGGGUUGUUGCAGCAAAUAAUGAUUCCCAAGUUCAGACGUUCGAUGCAGAAAAUUUUGCUUCCGUGGGUUGUUUUCAAUAUGAUUGGUCUGUUAAUAAUACUUCUGUCAGUCCAGAUGGCAGGUUGAUGGCUAUUCUUGGUGACAGUGCUGAGUGCUUGUUAGCUGAUGCCAACUCCGGGAAGGUUGUUGGGAGCCUAAAAGGGCACUUGGACUACUCUUUCUCGUCUGCUUGGCACCCAGAUGGAAGAAUAUUGGCUACGGGGAACCAGGACACAACAUGCAGGUUAUGGGACAUAAGGAACCUUUCAGAAUCCGUAGGUGUGCUCAAGGGAAGAAUGGGUGCAAUAAGAGCCUUAAGGUUCACAUCUGAUGGGAAGUUCUUGGCCAUGGCUGAGCCAGCAGACUUUGUCCAUAUAUUUGACUCCAAGUCUGGCUAUGUGCAAGCUCAAGAGAUUGAUCUAUUUGGUGAAAUUGCUGGGAUAUCCUUUAGCCCGGACACGGAGGCCUUAUUUAUUGGUAUUGCCGACCGUACCUAUGGAAGCUUGUUAGAGUUCAUCAGAAAACGUGACAAUAAUUACCUUGCCUCUAUGUUUUAAUUGAGUGGAGUGUUCCUUCAGAUAUACAGCAAGCUACACUCCAUGUGCAUGCAAAUAAGUUUUUAUGCAAUGGGUUAUUUGCUGUUCAAUUUUAUAAGCAAAGUUGUAAAUUUUGGUCUCUAGGCAGCUGCUGCUUAUCUGAGAGAGAGCUCGAGUAGAUUAUGAGCUUUUUUUUUUUUCUUUUUUUUUUGUGUGUGUGUAUAAAUAUAGCCUUGAUUGCUAUUGUAUAUCGGAGACAAUAGAAUCGAGUAAUAAUAUUUAUAGUUAUUAGUUAUAUUAUCUGAGAGAGCGCUCCAGUAGUAUAAAUAAUUAAAUAUAGCCUUGAUUGCUAUUGUAUAUUGUAUAUCGGUGACAAUAGAAUCGAGCAAUGAUAUUCAUAGAUAAAUAUCA